ACAUUCGGUUCAGUUCACAGUCGCUGCUUUUACCGUCCAGUUAUCAGGUUUCACACUUAAAAUGCAGCUACGGAUGACCCAGUUUCUUUGCCUUGGAGCAAUUUUAUUGCUAAGUCUUAUGCAACUUACGCAGGCAGUGGCAACACCCAAUAAUAAUAACAAUAAUAUCAAAUCGAAGCCCGUGGUUCAGGUGCAGCCAGGAAAUCCGACAGGAAAUAAGCCAGCAAUUGCCACAACCACAGUUAAACCACAGAGAUUAGUACCAGAUCCCAAAUGUCUGCAGCCCUUGGAAGUGGGUCCUUGCCGGAUGAAUCUAGAGCGUUACUACUACAACAAGGAUAAAAAAGCGUGUGAGACCUUUAAGUAUGGCGGAUGUCGGGGAAACGAUAAUCGUUGGGGAUUCCGGCAAACAUGCGAGGAGGCCUGUCUACCAAAAAAGUGAUCAAAUAAUGGCGAACAUGGCUGUACAGAUUGCUUAGAAAUAUUAUGAACUUAAAUGAAAUUAUUUCUUGUUAUGUCUGAAAUAAAGGUUUAGUAACAUGUUCAGA